GAAUCAUGAGGGCAACCUCUCCAAAGCCGUCACGACUCUUUGGGAGGUCCAGAAGGAACUGAGCGAGGCAGGUUUCCAAGCAGGCCGGCAGCCGAGUCCGCCUCCAGGCCUCCAGUCUGGAAAAGGCAAAGGGGCAAAGGGUGGGCUUGACGAGCAGGCCGAAGCCUCUAAGAACCUGUGGGAUUCCGCGUCUGAUGAUCAGAAGAAGCUGAUGCGCCAAGCUGGCAUCCCUGAGCCGGUGGCGUCGGAGCCAACAGACCUUGCGGCCCUUUGCAAGAAGCACUUGGAGUCAAUGCCGCCUUCGAUCCAGCAAGCCCUUGCAGCACUUGAUCCUCCGGCCCCCACGCAGACUCAGCAGAUUGAGAUUGCAACUCGUCGCUUUAAGCAGAGCACUACGGACUUGCGACAGAUGAUCCAGCAAACUGCUGCUUUACAGAUUCGCAUAGACCGAGCCAAAGCAACCUACCAGGAGCUGCUUGAGAAGAUGAAGGUUUGCCAAUCUGAUUUGCAGAGCAAGCAAGCUGAAGUCACGGCUAUGCAGUCGGAGUUGGAAGCCACACUCAGUGCUGAUGCUUUGGGUCUGGAGGACCCCGCGCGCAAGGACGAUCCCUUGGAAGGGCUUCUAGAUACGCUUGCCAAAGUUGGGAUUGUCCUGACCCAGGAGCAGAAGGAGCUUUACGAGGAGGCCCAGCGCGGUAAGCUUAACGAUGGGCAGCAGAAUAUGGAAGUUGAAGCCACAAACCAGCCUGGUUUGACGGCUCCGACCCGUGCCCCGCUGAGCCAAACUUUGCCAGAACACAAGGGCACUGUUGAACAGGGCAGCUUAGGUUGGUGGCUGUGCCAAGAGAUCUUGGCCCUCCAACGUUCUUUUGACUUGACUUUGCUCCUGCUUGUUGCUCGGGGCUUUGAAGUUUUGCGCAAAUCGCAGCCACAGGGGCAUAGGCAAAUGCGAGUCACAUCUUGCAACAUCACUUCUUGGAGGCCCGAAGUCAAGCAAUGGUUUUCAGCUCAAGGGGAUGUUAUCUUGAUUCAGGAGCACCACCUUUUGGAGUCCCAAGUUGUUGCUGAAAUUUCGUCUAUGGCUGCCAUGGGCUUUGACUCCUUCCUUGUGCCCGCAGCCCCUGGGGAAGGCCAGUAUACCAACCAAGGUUGCGGCUACGUGGCGGUGACGCUACGCACACAAGGGGCUGACUGUGGAGAUUGGGACUCGCCUUUGAAGGAAUUGUUGGACACUGCCAUUUUUCAAAGUUUGUCCCUUGAACCAAUUGGGCCCAACAAAGCCACAUGUGGUGACAAUGAGCUUGAUUUUCUGGCUGUAUCACACUGCCUGGAAGGUUUACUCCGGGUUGAUGCCUCCUGGGAUGUUCCUUUCAAGCCACAUGCAGCAAUCCAAGUUGCCCUUAAUGUGGGCGCUUUCCAGCUCACCACUCCACAGCUUCCCUCCUUUGUGCUUUCCUUCAGGGAAGAACCGCUUGAUUACAUGCAGGUUGAGGAGACCCUCGCCUCUUUGCCCGAUACCACCUUGUCGGCUGACCCCCUGAGCAAUCGUCUGGCUUCCAUUUCCAGCUCGGUGGAGCACAGUCUUUUGCAAACGUCCCAGGGUAUUGGUCGCCAACUCCAAGUUGAAUUCCUCCCAGCUGAGUAUUUGCCGCAGAUCCUGGACCACUGGCAGGGCAACUCGGAGGAGGCUGUUUCCUUUCUUUCUACGCUCCAGGCCCGAUGCCCAGACCAAGUCGUACAGGUCGUGGUUGCAGGGUCCGCGCCCUGGCUAGAACCAAACUAUGGCUCCGCACUUGGAAAGGUGUACUUAGAGUUGAGGACCUUCCUCCUCUUCCAAACGCAGAGCAACAGGUUUUCCAAAGGCAGGGUCACUGCCCCAGGACCGGAUGGCUGGAGCAAGUCCCUUCUCAAGAAAUUGACUUGGCCAGUGCUUCAGGACAUCGCUGAAUUUUAUCAGGAGCUCGAAAGAGGCCUCCGAGUCCCGCAGCAGUUUCUCCUGACACAAGUUUGUAUGCUGCCCAAAUCGGCUACUGCUGAGAGACCUAUCUCUGUAACUCACGUUUUGUGGAGGGACUACUGCAGAGCCAGGUGGUCCCUGAUCCAAGAGUGGACGGUCUCCUACCAGGCCCUGGCUCCUUGGGAUGCCGCAGUGCCGGGACGAACAUCACUAGACAUCGGCAUCCGCCGUUUGCUGUGGGCCGAAGCCUCCCGAACUCAGUCCAAACACUUUGUAGGACUCUUUCUUGAUAUCAAAGGCUUCUAUGAUUGUGUUGUUUGGGCCUCGGUAGUCGACACCGGACUCCUGCUGCAGUUCCCCCCUUUGCUUUUGGAGCUUUCCCUUCAAAUUUAUGGUGGGGACCUUCAGGCUACUGGCCUCACUCACAACAUAGACCAGUGGCUGGAUGACAUUUCGGCUGACGUGGUUUCCUUGGAGAAAACCAAGUUUCUUUGCUCAGAUUCUGCCACCUCUCACGUUCUUGAGCUUGCCACCUCUCUGGGCAGGCACAAGAAGGCACAAGGCCGCCACAAGUUGAGCUUGCUCGCCAUGACUUGGGGAAAAAACGGUGCCAAGGGUGCAGCAACGCCCUACAUCGUCUGUCCUCACUGCUCUAGGGCGGGUAAGCAGAGCUGGAUUUUCGUAGACAGAGUCCAGCACCACCCCUUUUGCAACCUGUGUGGCAACGCAUGGAAGACCAAGGGUGCUCCGGUCACUCAAAGACUGCGCCCGCGGGGUCCCAAGAAGAACAGGGACAGAAGCGCAACCACUGAGAGUGCCACCCAAAGCCCCCAACGGCCUAGGAAUCAAGAGGGCAACCUCUCCAAAGCCGUCACGACACUUUGGCAGAAGUUUCCCCCAGAGAUCCAGAAGGAACUGAGCGAGGCAGGUUUCCAAGCAGGCCGGCAGCCGAGUCCGCCUCCAGGCCUCCAGUCUGGAAAAGGCAACGGGGCAAAGGGUGGGCUUGACGAGCAGGCCGAAGCCUCUAAGAACCUGUGGGAUUCUGCGUCUGAUGAUCAGAAGAAGCUGAUGCGCCAAGCUGGCAUCCCUGAGCCGGUUGCGUCGGAGCCAACAGACCUUGCGGCCCUUUGCAAGAAGCACUUGGAGUCAAUGCCGCCUUCGAUCCAGCAAGCCCUUGCAGCACUUGAUCCUCCGGCCCCCACGCAGACUCAGCAGAUUGAGAUUGCAACUCGUCGCUUUAAGCAGAGCACUACGGACUUGCGACUGAUGAUCCAGCAAACUGCUGCCUUACAGAUUCGCAUAGACCGCGCCAAAGCAACCUACCAGGAGCUGCUUGAGAAGAUGAAGGUUUGCCAAUCUGAUUUGCAGAGCAAACAAGCUGAAGUCACGGCUAUGCAGUCGGAGUUGGAAGCCACACUCCGUGCUGAUGCUUCGGGUCUGGAGGACCCCGCGCGCAAGGACGAUCCCUUGGAAGGGCUUCUAGAUACGCUUGCCAAAGUUGGAAUUGUCCUGACCCAGGAGCAGAAGGAGCUUUACGAGGAGGCCCAGCGCGGCAAGCAAAAUGAUGGGCAGCAGAAUAUGGAAGUUGAAGCCACAAACCAGCCUGGUUUGACGGCUCCGACCCGUGCCCCGCUGAGCCAAACUCUGCCAGAACACAAGGGCACUGUCCCUGUGACCGGUGCUUCUCCAAUCUCUGCUUUUGUGGCCACAACCUCAGCAACGGCAUCUCAAGUUGAGGAGUUUCCUCGCUUACAGGCGUCGGGGAGCCAUGCCGAGGUGCCACCUUUGGCAAGCCCACACAGCCAGUGGCGAACACUCGAAGGCCAGGUGUGGGAGGCUGUCCAGAACCCAGAUCUGUUGGGAGCAACUUCAGAGGUUGUUGGCCACCUUCUUGAUCAGGUUGAGCAGGGCAGCUUAGGUUGGUUGCUGUGCCAGGAGAUCUUGGCCCUCCAACGUUCUUUUGACUUGACUUUGCUCUUGCUUGUUGCUCGGGGCUUUGAAGUUUUGUGCAAAUCGCAGCCACAGGGGCACAGGCAAAUGCGAGUCACAUCUUGCAACAUUACUUCUUGGAGACCAGAAGUCAAGCAAUGGUUUUCAGCUCAAGGGGAUGUUAUCUUGAUUCAGGAGCACCAUCUUUUGGAGUCCCAAGUUGUUGCUGAAAUCUCGUCUAUGGCUGCCAUGGGCUUCGACUCCUUCCUUUUGCCCGCAGCCCCUGGGGAAGGUCAGUAUACCAACCAAGGUUGUGGCUACGUGGCGGUGACGCUACGCACACAAGGGGCUGACUUGACAGUAGUUAGCCUGUACCUCCAGUCUUCCUCCGGCUUCGGGUCCCCGGUCAACUCUGACAUCCUUGCAUCUCUGCGCGCAAUUCGUCAAUCUGUGAGGGGCCCAAUCCUGAUAGGUGGAGACUGGAACUCGCCUUUGAAGGAUUUGUUGGACACUGCCAUUUUUCAAAGUUUGUCCCUGGAACCAAUUGGGCCCAACAAAGCCACCUGUGGUGACAAUGAGCUUGAUUUUCUGGCUGUAUCACACUGCCUGGAAGGUUUGCUCCGGGUUGAUGCCUCCUGGGAUGUUCCUUUCAAGCCACAUGCAGCAAUCCAAGUUGCCCUCAAUGUGGGCGCUUUCCAGCUCACCACUCCACAGCUUCCCUCCUUUGUGCUUUCCUUCAGGGAAGAACCGCUUGAUUACAUACAGGUUGAGGAGACCCUCGCCUCUUUGCCGGAUACCACCUUUUCGGCUGACCCCCUGAGCAAUCGACUGGCUUCCAUUUCCAGUUCGGUUGAGCACAGUCUUUUGCAAUCGUCCCAGGGUAUUGGUCGCCAACUCCAAGUUGAAUUCCUCCCAGCUGUUCCUCGCAUGUCCCAGUUCGCAUGGGAAGGUUCUUGCCAGGCUUUUUGGCACCGGGUACAAUUUCUGUGCCAGGGAGACCACCCCAAACGUCGAGAGCAAUGCCAGGAGUAUUUGCCGCAGAUCCUGGACCACUGGCAGGGCAACUCGGAGGAGGCUGUUUCUUUUCUUUCUACGCUCCAGGCCUGUCUCUCGGAGCAGGCUGCUGUUCCCGAGCCCGUCCAGCAAUUAUUGCAGGAGCAAUUUCUGCUGGCCUCUAAAGUUCACCAGGAUGCCCAGACCAAGUCGUACAGGUCGUGGUUGCAGGGAGCCCAAGAAAAAGGGAUGGCCCCCCUUUUCAAGACGAUCAAAAAAGGUGAAAUCACCACUGCACGUCCCUUUCGGGAUCUGUCCGCAGAGGUCCGCGCCCUGGCUAGAACCAAACUAUGGCUCCGCACUUGGAAAGGCGUACUUAGAGUUGAGGACCUUCCUCCUCUUCCACACGCAGAGCAACAGGCUCGCGGAAAGCUACGGGAACUGGCUGCUCAGCAGGUCGCUACCCUGAGCCCCAUUUCCCCGGAACAGCUGCAACAAAGGUUUUCCAAAGGCAGGGUCACUGCCCCAGGACCGGACGGCUGGAGCAAGUCCCUUCUCAAGAAAUUGACUUGGCCAAUGCUUCAGGACAUCGCUGAAUUUUAUCAGGAGCUCGAAAGAGGCCUCCGAGUCCCGCAGCAGUGGUCCCUGAUCCAAGAGUGGACGGUCUCCUACCAGGCCCUGGCUCCUUGGGAUGCCGCAGUGCCAGGUUUCUAUGAUUGUGUAGUUUGGGCCUCGGUAGUCGACACCGGACUCCUGUUGCAGUUCCCACCUUUGCUUUUGGAGCUUUCCCUUCAAAUUUAUGGUGGGGACCUUCAGGCUACUGGCCUCACUCACAACAUCGACCAGUGGCUGGAUGACAUUUCGGCUGACGUGGUCGUAGGCUGGCUGUCCAGCAAGGGUUGGGGCGGGGUUGAGCUUGCUCGCCAUGACUUGGGGAAAAAACGGAAUCAUGAGGGCAACCUCUCCAAAGCCGUCACGACUCUUUGGCAGAAGUUUCCCCCAGAGGUCCAGAAGGAACUGAGCGAGGCAGGUUUCCAAGCAGGCCGGCAGCCGAGUCCGCCUCCAGGCCUCCAGUCUGGAAAAGGCAAAGGGGCAAAGGGUGGGCUUGACGAGCAGGCCGAAGCCUCUAAGAACCUGUGGGAUUCCGCGUCUGAUGAUCAGAAGAAGCUGAUGCGCCAAGCUGGCAUCCCUGAGCCGGUGGCGUCGGAGCCAACAGACCUUGCGGCCCUUUGCAAGAAGCACUUGGAGUCAUUGCCGCCUUCGAUCCAGCAAGCCCUUGCAGCACUUGAUCCUCCGGCCCCCACGCAGACUCAGCAGAUUGAGCUUGCAACUCGUCGCUUUAAGCAGAGCACUACGGACUUGCGACAGAUGAUCCAGCAAACUGCUGCUUUACAGAUUCGCAUAGACCGAGCCAAAGCAACCUACCAGGAGCUGCUUGAGAAGAUGAAGGUUUGCCAAUCUGACUUGCAAAGCAAGCAAGCUGAAGUCACGGCUAUGCAAUCGGAGUUGGAAGCCACACUCCGUGCUGAUGCUUUGGGUCUGGAGGACCCCGCGCGCAAGGACGAUUCCUUGGAAGGGCUUCUAGAUACGCUUGCCAAAGUUGGGAUUGUCCUGACCCAGGAGCAGAAGGAGCUUUACGAGGAGGCCCAGCGCGGUAAGCUUAACGAUGGGCAGCAGAAUAUGGAUGUUGAAGCCACAAACCAGCCUGGUUUGACGGCUCCGACCCGUGCCCCGCUGAGCCAAACUAUGCCAGAUCACAAGGGCACUGUCCCUGUGACCGGUGCUUCUUCAAUCUCUGCUUUUGUGGCCACAACCUCAGCAACGGCAUCUCAAGUUGAGGAGUUUCCUCGCUUACAGGCGUCGGGGAGCCACGCCGAGGUUGAACAGGGCAGCUUAGGUUGGUGGCUGUGCCAAGAGAUCUUGGCCCUCCAACGUUCUUUUGACUUGACUUUGCUCCUGCUUGUUGCUCGGGGCUUUGAAGUUUUGCGCAAAUCGCAGCCACAGGGGCAUAGGCAAAUGCGAGUCACAUCUUGCAACAUCACUUCUUGGAGGCCCGAAGUCAAGCAAUGGUUUUCAGCUCAAGGGGAUGUUAUCUUGAUUCAGGAGCACCACCUUUUGGAGUCCCAAGUUGUUGCUGAAAUUUCGUCUAUGGCUGCCAUGGGCUUUGACUCCUUCCUUGUGCCCGCAGCCCCUGGGGAAGGCCAGUAUACCAACCAAGGUUGCGGCUACGUGGCGGUGACGCUACGCACACAAGGGGCUGACUUGACAGUAGUUAGCCUGUACCUCCAGUCCUCCUCCGGCUUCGGGUCCCCGGUCAACUCUGACAUCCUAGAAUUGUUGGACACUGCCAUUUUUCAAAGUUUGUCCCUUGAACCAAUUGGGCCCAACAAAGCCACAUGUGGUGACAAUGAGCUUGAUUUUCUGGCUGUAUCACACUGCCUGGAAGGUUUGCUCCGGGUUGAUGCCUCCUGGGAUGUUCCUUUCAAGCCACAUGCAGCAAUCCAAGUUGCCCUUAAUGUGGGCGCUUUCCAGCUCACCACUCCACAGCUUCCCUCCUUUGUGCUUUCCUUCAGGGAAGAACCGCUUGAUUACAUGCAGGUUGAGGAGACCCUCGCCUCUUUGCCCGAUACCACCUUGUCGGCUGACCCCCUGAGCAAUCGACUGGCUUCCAUUUCCAGCUCGGUGGAGCACAGUCUUUUGCAAACGUCCCAGGGUAUUGGUCGCCAACUCCAAGUUGAAUUCCUCCCAGCUGUUCCUCGCAUGUCCCAGUUCGCAUGGGAAGGCUCUUGCCAGGCUUUUUGGCACCGGGUACAAUUUCUGUGCCAGGGAGACCACCCCAAACGUCGAGAGCAAUGCCAGGAGUAUUUGCCGCCGAUCCUGGACCACUGGCAGGGCAACUCGGAGGAGGCUGUUUCUUUUCUUUCUACGCUCCAGGCCUGUCUCUCGGAGCAGGCUGCUGUUCCCGAGCGCGUCCAGCAAUUAAUGCAGGAGCAAUUUCUGCUGGCCUCUAAAGUUCACCAGGAUGCCCAGACCAAGUCGUACAGGUCGUGGUUGCAGGGAGCCCAAGAAAAAGGGAUGGCUCCCCUUUUCAAGACGAUAAAAAAAGGUGAAAUCACCACUGCACGUCCCUUUCGGGAUCUGUCCGCAGAGGUCCGCGCCCUGGCUAGAACCAAACUAUGGCUCCGCACUUGGAAAGGCGUACUUAGAGUUGAGGACCUUCCUCCUCUUCCACACGCAGAGCAACAGGCUAGCGGAAAGCUACGGGAACUGGCUGCUCAGCAGGUCGCUACCCUGAGCCCCAUUUCCCCGGAACAGCUGCAACAAAGGUUUUCCAAAGGCAGGGUCACUGCCCCAGGACCGGACGGCUGGAGCAAGUCCCUUCUCAAGAAAUUGACUUGGCCAAUGCUUAAGGACAUCGCUGAAUUUUAUCAGGAGCUCGAAAGAGGCCUCCGAGUCCCGCAGCAGUUUCUCCUGACACAAGUUUGUAUGCUGCCCAAAUCGGCUACUGCUGAGAGACCUAUCUCUUUAACUCACGUUUUGUGGAGGGACUACUGCAGAGCCAGGUGGUCCCUGAUCCAAGAGUGGACGGUCUCCUACCAGGCCCUGGCUCCUUGGGAUGCCGCAGUGCCAGGACGAACAUCACUAGACAUCGGCAUCCGCCGUUUGCUGUGGGCCGAAGCCUCCCGCACUCAGUCCAAACACUUUGUAGGACUCUUUCUUGAUAUCAAAGGCUUCUAUGAUUGUGUUGUUUGGGCCUCGGUAGUCGACACCGGACUCCUGCUGCAGUUCCCACCUUUGCUUUUGGAGCUUUCCCUUCAAAUUUAUGGUGGGACACGAUUUGUCUCAGCCGAAAAUUCAGUUUCGCCGGGAAUAGUUCCCACAGUUGGGUUGCUUCAGGGUUGCCCUGUUGCGCCGGUGGUUUCGAAACUGGCUUUGUUUGUCCCAAUCAGGGACCUUCAGGCUACUGGCCUCACUCACAACAUAGACCAGUGA